GAGACAACAACAGCAUCGCGGAAAAGGAGGAUCUUCCUGUUCCUCAGAACGUCAAGAUCACCAACAUCACCUGUGACUCCUUCAAGAUCAACUGGGACAUGGACUGUAGAGCCAAGGACCACAUCACUAACUACUUCAUAGACCUCAACAAGAAGGAGCACAAUAACUCCAACAAGUUCAAACACAAGGAUGUCCCCACUAAGCUGGUGGCGAAGGUGGUGCCACUGCCCAUGACAGUGAGAGGCCACUGGUUCCUGAGCCCCAGGACAGAUUACACUGUAGCUGUUCAGACUGCCUCCAAACAGAGUGAUGGGAACUAUGCUGUCUCUGAAUGGAGUGAGAUCAUCGAAUUCUACACUGCAGACUACUCUACUGUGCAUCUGAUACAGUUGCUGGAGAAGGCCGAGGGGAUAGCUGGUAGGAUGUUGAGAUUCUCCGUGUUUUAUCGGAACCAGCAGAAUGACUACUUCAAUAAAACGAGAGAGACACAGGACAACCGGAUGCUCCCGACUGUAAAGGACAACAGUGGCAGCCACGGCUCUCCCAUCAGUGGCAAGCUGGAAGGCAUCUACUUCAGCUGCAACACGGAGUUCAACACAGGCAAGCCCCCCCAGGACUCCCCCUACGGAUGCUACCGCUUCCAGAUCCAGGCCCAGGUCCUGUUCAACCCCAAGACCAACCUGUACUUCGGGGACUUCUACUGCAUGUACACAGCCUACCACUACGUGAUCCUGGUGCUGGCCCCAGAGGGCUCCCCAGGGGACCGAUUCUGUAAGGGCCGCCUCCCGGCGCUGGACAUCUUCGACAACUGCUUCCUGACAUGCACCCAGGAGGAGGAGGGGGGGCUGGUGUUCCACCACGCCCAGGAUGUGAUUCUGGAGGUGAUUUACACCGAGCCCGUGGACCUGGCCCUAGGCAGCGUGGAGGAGAUCCAAGGACACCAGCUCAGUAGCAUGUCCACCAUCAAUGCUAAGAAGGACCCCAGUUGCAAGACCUGCAACAUCAGCGUGGGACGAUAACCAGCAAACUGUGGGGGAGGAAGGGGGCGUUACUACGAGGUCCCUGCAGUUCUACGGAUAAUAAUACUUCUCUAACCCUAUUGGCUGUGGUGAUUCUCUAAUCCUAUUGGCUGUGGUGAUUCUCUAAUCCUAUUGGCUGUGGUGAUUCUCUAACCCUAUUGGCUGUGGUGAUUCUCUAACCCUACUGGCUGUGGUGAUUCUCUAACCCUAUUGGCUGUGGUGAUUCUCUAACCCUGUUGGUUGUGGUGAUUCUCCAACCCUACUGGCUGUGGUGACUCUCUAACCCUACUGGCUGUGGUGACUCUCUAACCCUAUUGGCUGUGGUGAUUCUAACAGUCAUAUUAUACAUGUUAACAGUCUAACAGUCAUAUUAUACAGGUGCAAUGUAAUGAUAUGCCAAAGGUAACAACACAUUGACCAAGCUGCUAGAAACAAGCCGUGGUAACAGCUUCAACAAGGCAUAAUGGAUUAGUAUUACGUAACAUGGUCUUGUAAUGGAAUGUGAUUACUUGAUGAUUCUAAUGUUAUCUUGUAAUGGAAUGUGAUUUCUGGAUGAUUCUACGGUAGUGCUUCAUUCCCAUCGUGGGUUAUAGGUAUUGCGGUUUUUAAAGUUCCUACGGAGCUGUGACAUAUCCAACGUUUACAGUGAAUGGGAUCUCCACGAAUGAAAGAACAAUACCCAUAACCCUCAAUGGGAUUGAAUCCCAGCCUGAAGCAGGUUGCAGCAUUACACUGAUGUCAGUCUGAUGUCUUCACAUCCUCUGGACGGCUCUGACUUAGAAUACGUGGACAACUACAAAUACUUAGGUGUCUGGUUAGACUGUAAACUCUCCUUCCAGACCCAUAUCAAAC